AUGAGCAGCUUCGGAGACGUCUUGAAGGAGGUCGGGGAGUUUGGCUUGUUUCAGAAAAGCUUACUUGUUGCUUUAUGCAUACCCAGCAUUUUCCCGGCUUUCGAUGUCAGCAGUCAGGUGUUUGUGGGGCUGAGUUUCUCUCACUACUGCAACACUGACUGGAUCUUGGAGAGAGGUCCAAACCUGACAAAAGAGAGACAAAGAAACCUCACCAUCCCGGUGGAUAAAGAUGGGGGAUUUGAAAAGUUUGGUAGAAGAUUUGUGAUCCUGCUUUCAAUUCUCCUUCUACUGUUGUUUGGUGUGAUCACGGCUUUCUCACCAAACAUCUACGUUUACAUAAUCUUUAAAUUUUUAUGUGGGUCUUCAGGUAGCGUCAUUAUUAUGAACACGUCGGUGGAGUGGACUGACGUUUCAAAGUCUGCUCUUUGCACAAUGUCCAUCAUCAGUUUCUUUUCAAUUGGACAGAUGCUUCUGUCUGGUAUUGCAUAUUUGAUUAGGAACUGGAGGAUCUUGCAACUCGUGCUUUUCAGCCCUCUUGUCAUAAUACUGAUGACCUUCUUCUGGCUUCUCCCAGAAUCAUCUCGAUGGCUGAUGACGCAGGACAGAAAGGAGGAGGCUGAGAAGGAGCUCCACCGGGCAGCUAAGAUGAACAAACGAAGAGUACCAGGUCACCUACUGGAAAAGAUAAAUUUGGAAUCUACUCCGGACAGAAAGAACAUGACGGACAUCUUCCACAAAUCAGAUUUGAGGAAAUGCACCCUAAUAAUGAGCUUUAACUGGUUUGCAGCCAGCUUCCUGUUUUAUGGACUGGGCCUAAAUAUAGAGAGUUUCGGCCUAAACAUCUACCUCACCCAGCUCAUCUUUGGCGCUGUUGAAAUUCCUGCCAACAUGGCUUGUUUGACUAUGAUUCAGAGUUUUGGGAGGAGAAUAUGUCAGGCAGGCUUUCUUUUCCUUGGAGGAGUCUCUUGUUUGGUUGCCACUGCUGUCCCAAGAGCCCUACCUGAGGCUGUGACAGUCAUUGCUAUGGUGGGAAAAUUUUCUGCUACUGCUGCCUUCACUAAAGUCUAUGUCUAUACAGCUGAAUUAUAUCCUACUGACAUAAGACACAGCGGUAUGGGUGUUAACUCUAUGUGUGCUCGAGUGGCGGGCAUCCUCUCUCCACUGGUCAGGUUCUUGCAAGCCUACCACUACAGCAUUCCCAUGGUGGUUUAUGGCAUCAUCCCAAUGGCUGCUGGUUGUUUAAGCCUGUUGCUCCCUGAAACCCUCAAUGUUGAACUCCAAGACCACAUUGAACUGAAAAAAUCCACAAAUGCACCAGAGGGGAGCCAAUGCUGCGAUGAUGGAAUGGAGGAGAAACUAUAAAUUUGAAUAUAAACGACAUUGUUGCAUUUCUUAAUCAUUUAUUAACAUUUGUAACAGAUCUAAUUC